AUGAAAUGUUCUAGUUCACUUAAUAUUAUAAAAGCACUCAAUUGCACAAAACACCAUAAGCUAUUGAUACAUGGUAUUGAUCACAGUGCAUCAUUACGUGCCCGUUAUGAACAUUGUAACACAGAUUAUUUUAUUUGCCUACGUAUGGACUGUAGCAACUGCUGGUGUUCAACAAGCUCCCGCCGUUUCUUACAGCUACAUAUCACAUCCAAGUGACCACGUCCAACACUAUGUGCCACAAGUGAUAAAGAAAACAGUUUCACCAUUCCUGUACACCGCACCUGUUGAAAGACCAUCUUACGUGAGUCAUUCUCCCACAAUAAUCCACCACCAAUCGCCCACGUAUCAAAUCCAUAAGAUUCAGGAGCCCGCUUUGAUUCCCAAAGUUGCUUUUCCAACUAUUUACACUCAGCCGGUCCACGUCCCGACUAUUCGCAAGGAAAUUAGAGUCGCUCCUGUACAAUUACCCCCAAUUCAUAGAACUAUACAAAUUGAGAAUGAGCAGGACGUCCCGGCCCAUUAUGAAUUUGGUUACUCGGUUGAAGACCAUCACACUGGUGAUAUAAAGAAGCAGCAGGAGAUUAGAAAUGGUCACGUCGUGCAGGGAAGUUACUCGCUUAUUGAUCCUGAUGGUUUUAAGAGGGUGGUCCAAUAUGCCGCCGAUGACCACAAAGGGUUCACUGCUGUGGUACACAGAGAACCCAUUGGGAAGGUUAUUACGAAAGUGGCAGCCCCACCGUCAGCCCCUACUCUAGUUAAAGUACCCCUAUAUAGAGAUUUCUACUAAGGAAU